AUGUUGGAUGAAGGCAACAAGCGUUUGAUGAAGGCAUCGUCGAGUAAUGGGGAAUAUCUGGAACAUUUUGCCGUGUGUUUGCUCUUAUUCGUCGCACUGAGCACGGCGACUUGUGAAGCGAGCACAACAUCGACUUCCUUCGAUGUUUUGGGUUACGGAGCGGUUGGCGAUGGAAAGACGGACGAUUCCUCGGCCUUCCUGGAGGCAUGGAGAGCCACCUGUGAAUCCCCAUCGAAGCUGUCCAUUCUCGACGUUCCGGCGAAGAAGACUUUCUUGUUGAAGCCUGUGACGUUCAGCGGCCCAUGCCAACCCGAUUACGUGUAUGUUCUGUUUCUCAAUUUCACUCGGCCGAAGGUCUCCGGCAACAUUGCUGCGUCCAGCUCAAAGACAGAGUACAGUGGCUUACCGAUCAAUAGUUGGCUUGUCUUCUCUAACGUGGACGGUUUAAUGGUCACCGGCACUGGAAUCAUCGACGGGAGGGGUUCCGGCUGGUGGUCACAGUCUUGCAUUGGAAACGCAUCUAACGAUGCAACAUGCAAAGGACCAACACCGACAUACUUUGAUUUCUAUGAUGCAUGUGCAAACGUGGUACAGGCAUUGACAUUUUAUAGAUGCAAGAGACUCGUGCUCAAUGGAUUGAGACAUGUGAACAGUCCAAGGACACACAUCACCCUCAGCAGCUGCAAGUUCGCCACCAUCUCCAACACCCAUAUCUCUGCCCCGGCAACAAGCCCUAACACCGAUGGGAUCGACAUCUCCGACUCGACCCUUGUACAAGUUCGCGAUUCCUUCAUCGGAACUGGUGAUGAUUGCAUCGCUGUAAGCGGAGGCUCGUCACACAUCAAUGUCACUAGGAUCACAUGUGGACCUGGCCAUGGUAUCAGCAUUGGAUCUUUAGGAGCACAUGGAGAGAAUGACACAGUUGAAAAUGUGAUUGUGCAAAACUGCACAUUGAAAGGUACGAUGACAGGAGUGAGAAUCAAGACAUGGCAGGGAGGGCUUGGAUAUGCAAGAAAUAUAUCCUUCAACAAGAUCAGAUUCAUUCGGGUUGAUAACCCGAUCAUCAUCGACCAGUACUACUGCCCCACCAAAGUCGAUUGUCAAAACAAGACAUCGGGAAUUAGGGUGAGCGACAUCUCGUAUUCGGCGAUAUAUGGGACGUCGGUCACAGACAAGGUCAUAAACCUGAGCUGUGACCAGAACUUCGGUUGCAGUAACAUCGUGCUGGACCAUGUUUACAUAAAGUCCACCGUUCCGAAGACGAAAGCUUAUCCCUACUGCUUCAAUGCUCAUGGAAGAUAUAGCCACACCAAACCUGCAGUCACUUGCUUGCUGGAGUAAUUGUGGGCUUUGCAUCAGCUGCUGUAUGUGAAAUUUACCUUACUCUCAUAA